AUGGAAAGAUCUCAAGCGGACGACAAGCUCUUUCACAAGGCUUCAAAGUUACAGAAAACAUUCUGGGAAACGCCGCUGAUGUCCCGAGGUCAAACGAAAGUUGAAGCGACAGAUAACAAGGAGAACUUGAUCGGUUCCCCAGGUGCAGAUGUCAACACACAGUUUCAAGUCGAUUCAGAGAAAAAAUACAAUGAUAGCAGCCAAGAUGAUGAGGAUGAUGAUGAUGACAGCGACCCUACUACAGAUAAUCCAGAGAGAGAUGGAUGCUCGACUAAAAAGGAAAGGAAGUCGCGUCGUCCUAGGACUACGUUCAGUAACUACCAGUURGUGAAACUAGAGACUAGUUUCCAGGCAGAGCAGUACCCUGAUAUAUUUACCCGAGAAGAGUUGGCCAGGAUAGUUGAUCUUACAGAGCCAAAAGUCCAGGUGUGGUUCCAGAACAGACGUGCAAAGUGGCGUAAACACGAACGCAAAAACAAGCACCCCUCAUUUGGCAUGCAGUAUUUAGCUUCCCAGGGUCGGAUAGAAGGGCAAGUAUUUGGCUCUGAUAAGACUGAAUUCCUCUGUAACUGCCAACCUUUCGAGGCUGUGCCCACAGAGUCGUGUGGUUGCUAUCAACGUGCGCCAAGAUACACUCACCCGUACUCGUAUUUCCGCACGACAAGUGGCUACCCAGCGGAAUACCAAGCUGAUGCGAGRUACUAUGCUYCAAGAUACUUCUGUUCCGGGUAUCARAAGGUUCAAAACGCUGGUCAACUGUACUCAUGUAUGUGCUGUGCAAAGGGUGGAGCUCCCCAGACGACAACYCAUUCCAAAUGUGAGGCGCUCAAUGGAGGUCAGCGUACUGYACAUUACAGCAGUUGCAUUGGUGGUCGAAUGGAAUCCUCAGCUCUGUUUCCUGCCAGGGGGCUAGUACAGACCCCUYAUAGCGUCGAGGACCUUCGACUAAAAGCUAAAAUGUGUAUGCACGAACUUAAUCAUGCUUGA